UUUUUGGCCGUUGGAUCUAAUCUUGGUGACCGAUACUGUAACAUUCGAACAGCGUUACAGCUGUUGUGCAAUUCUUCGGAUACCAAGCUGAUGCGAACGUCAUUUUGGCACGAGACGGCCCCCAUGUAUGUGACGGAUCAACCGUCGUUUUUGAAUGGUGCCGUGUCUUUGGAAACAAAUUUGGAGCCACACGAUCUUUUACAAACAAUUAAGACUAUCGAAGCACAGGUUGGUCGAGACUUGAGCGCCAUGCGCAACGGCCCCCGGCCGGUCGACUUGGAUAUUCUCUUGUACGAAAGACGACUUUCUCCAUCAACAGCGAACGCUGAAUCGCAUGCUUCAUGGGAACCACGACUGGUGGACACGAACGACCUUGUGGUCCCACAUUCACGCAUCACGGAGCGUGAAUUUGUUCUGGCGCCCUUAUGUGAGGUAGCAGGGCCUGAUCUUGAGCAUCCGGUUCGAAAGACCUCCGUACGAAAGUUAUUGGAGGAGAAAAAUAAGGAACCUACCGUGAGGGUAAUCCCACUGCCACGAUCUCGUAUGCUUUAUUUCAACGAAACCUUAAUAAUGGGAGUACUGAAUGUCACACCCGACAGCUUCAGCGACGGUGGCAAGUGGGAAGACUCGACCAGGAAUGCGGUGGAACGGGCCUUGGAAAUGGAACAGCAAGGAGCUCAUAUUGUAGAUAUUGGCGGCGAGUCAACGCGGCCAGGUGCAGAUGACGUGUCAGCUGAGGAAGAAUUACGACGAACUAUUCCUGUAAUUGAAGGGAUUCGUGAAAGUACGUGGGUAGUUGCUAUUUCGAUCGACACGCGGAAGUCGGUAGUGGCUAGAGCCGCCGUAAAUGCCGGGGCCGAUAUAGUCAAUGACGUUUCUGGUGGUACGUUUGACGACCUUAUGCUGUCUACUGUGGCUGAGCUAGGUGUACCCAUUGUAUUGAUGCAUAUGAGAGGUACUCCUAAAACCAUGCAAUCCAUGACGGAGUACGAAGACGUCGUUGCUGAUGUUGCUCGAACCCUCAUGGAGCGAUCGCAAGCAGCGGAAUGUGCAGGUAUUCCGCGUUGGAUACAAAUCCUUGACCCUGGAAUCGGCUUUGCAAAAGACCAACGUCAAAAUCUUCUCUUGCUAAAAGACAUGUUGCGUCUGCGGGCACUCACGGAUGAAUUGCCCAUAUUAAUCGGUACAAGUCGAAAAGGUUUCAUUGGAAAAAUAACUGGUGUAAGCCGAGCUGAAGAUAGAGAUGUCGGAAGCGUUGCAUCUUUUAUAUCAGCCCUGUCCUUUGGGUCUCGGUCAAAAAGUUGUGACAUUGUCCGGGUUCACAAUGUCGAAGCAGCACGGCAUGCUGCAUUGGUCUUAGACGCAAUAAAGCAAGUAAGAUAG